GUUGCAAAUUGGGCGUCGAUAGAUUUACUAUUAUAACACCUGAUUUCUGUCUAAUCAGCACUAUUAUCGAUAAGCCUGGAUGAUUGAGCCUCAAGUAAAAUGGUAUGUAGGUAAUUGAUCACCCAAUGAGAUUCUAACAAUAAUAUGGAGUAUAGAUACAACAAAAGAUAACAGUUAUAUACAUACGUUAAUCUAAGGAUCUAGCGCAUAUUUAUGUACACAGGAUUAAGGUCAAUUAUUCUCAUUUAUUUACAUUGAACAGUUCAAUAGAAGAUUGGAUGUGGCUUGUUUGGAUGUGGCUUGUUUUGAUCUCGUGUCGUACGAUACGGUACGGUAGCCAUAAUAAAGUUAUUAGUCUCACCUGAAAUAAACAAAUACUGGAAGUAGAACGGGUUCGAUAUUUUAUAGUAAUGUUCACUGAUUGAAUUUGUGUUGAAUAUUGGCUAGAUCAAUGUCUACAGUAGCUUUAGUGAGAUGUGAACAGUGUGCCUAUAGUGAUAAAUAUAUACAAUGUUAAUGUACAACUAACAUGAAUCACAGGCAAUUAAUUUCAUCAAUGGAAGACGAAAUAGGGUGUUAUGACUCUCCAUGUAGUUCAGAUGUAACCGAAGAUUCAACUUCCAUUUUAAGUGGCACAAACUUGUCUAAUAAUAACAAAAAAUUAUUAUGUUGGGGCUGUAGUGAAUUUGGACAAAGUGGCCAUGGUUUGGUGGAAAGUAUAUCAUUUGAAAAGAGUCAUCUUCAAAAUAGUUGCUUGGGUCGGAUAAAAUUCAUGGAUUGUGGAUCUAGUCAUACAGUAAUAGUAACAGAUGAAAACAAAAUCUAUUCCUGGGGUAACAACAGCAGUGGACAGAGUCUGUGGAAUGAAUGGGAUUUUGGAAGAUUUCUUUGUUAACAGAUGAGGAUCAUAAUUACUUCUUUGACCGUAUUUGGUUUUUGCUGAGGUCUAAAGCCUAUGAUGAAUGUGUUUUUAUUAUGAUUUACAGAUACGAGUAUUAGGAACGGGGAAUACUGAAACUUCUUUAAGACCAGUUCAAAUUCGUUUUGAGAUGGAUUAUAAUAUUGCUGGUAUUACAUGUGGCGGUAGACACACAAUGGUAUGGUUAGAUAAUGGACAUGUUUAUAGUUUUGGUAAUAAUUUCUAUGCUCAACUGGGAUAUGAUUUCAAUGAUGAACUGUACAAAGAAAACCAGUUGUCUCCACAUCAUAUGAAGUUUUCAUCCCAUCGUCCAGUACAGCAAAUCACAUGUGGUGAUAAACAUUCUUUAUUUUUAUUUCAAGAUGGUUCUUUAGCUGCUGUUGGAAGUAACCUCAAUGGUCAGAUUGGGUCAGGUGACAAUAUGGAAGCUGUCAUACCAAAACAAGUCGACUUAAGUGAACCAAUCAAAUCAAUAGCGUCAGGUGCCAAUCAUAACUUAGCUAUAACAAAUACUGGCCAUGUCUAUAUGUGGGGCUAUGCAAAAGCUUGUGGGCAAAGAAGAAAUGAUAUUUUGGUACCUGAAAGGGUACCUAUUAGACAUUCUGUGGUGAAAGUUGCGUGUGGAACCAGUCAUUGUAUGGCACUUACAGCAAAUGGUAAUAUUUACACAUGGGGUUCAGGAACUGAUGGUCAGCUAGGUCAUCCAAAGUUGCUGUUUUUGCCUUUUCCAAAGAAACUGAAAACUCCACAGCUUUAUCACAACACGUCUGUUAUAUCUUGUGGAGAAAGUUUUAGUGCUGCCAUUUCAAGCAGUGGACAGUUAUUUAUGUGGGGUAAAAAUAGUGAUACAGUUGAUCCAAGUCAAAAGCCAUCUUAUAAACAAUUAACACCAUCAUGCAUGAAUACUGAUAUCGUAGAACACGUCUCUGAUAUUAAAUGUGGAGGAUGGCAUGCUGUAGCAUUAACAGGAAUGCCAGAUCUUCAUAUAAUAAAUGACAGUGUCAGUGACACAUCAAGCGAUAGUGACAGAGACAGUGAUGAUGACAUUACAACUCAUGUCACAAAACAUACAGUAAAUGGCAAUAGCGAAGCAACAACCCAGAAUAAAUUUGAUAAUGUUUUGAUUAGUAAAGAAAAGGCUAAUGUGGAAAACUUCAACCAGAUACCUCCAGUUACUUUUCUGCAGCCUAGACCACCUAAAAGACAAUACACUAAACAAACAAUUGGUGAAUUUUAUGCAUCAUCAACAGAUAGUCAUUUAAUAAAUAAAUGUGUGGUGGAACAGAGUACUCCAAGAAAUAGUUCCCUACCUAAUAACCACAAGCCACCACCUUACGAAGUGAAUCAGCUAUCGUUGAACAACAGUGCCAGUUCGCAUGAACCAGUUCAUUCAGAGAAAGUGAUAUCUAAAAAUAUUUCCAAAGAUCAAAGAUCACAGAAUUUAGAUACCAGACAUCUUGACCCAAAUCCAAACCCAUCUUUAAAAUCUGUUAGUCAGAGAAAAAACAAUAGUUUCAGGAAUUCAAAUAAAACCAAUGCCAGAGUCAGUAACAGACAGUCCUUACUGCCAGGUUCCAGCAAUUCCAGAAAUGUUCAUGCUCAGACAACAGAUCAUGUUAUUAAUUCUCCUUCAAUGCCCAAUGUCAAAAGAGAGAACAAGAUAGACCAUUCCCAUAAUACUGUAAAACUUAAACAAGAACAGAUAUUAUGCAGUAGUACCAAAGAUACACAAAUACAAACUCAUAAACAAUUGUUUGAAAAUAUAUUAGCACCUGAACAAAAUAAUAAUAGUGGUACAUAUAUCGGAAAAAAAAUUAAUAAAGAAAAGUCAUCAAAUGUUUUGCUACCAGGGGCAUCUCAAUCAACUGUCACAGCUGAUAUAGUUUUGCAGUCAACACCUCACAUUGCUGAUGAUGUUUUACCUAAAAACAAACCAAAGACAAAGAUCUCAAUGGAUUUUAUCCCACAAAAAACACCUGAAAAACUAACAACAAGUUAUACAUUUUAUAGAGAAAAAUCCAUAGUUUCACCCAGAGAACUCAAUAUUAUGGAUGUUGAGGACAUUCAUGUGAAGAGAUCUGUUAACCGCCUCCUUCAACCAAAGUACAGUCAAUCUGCCUCCAGUAUUACCAAUGAGAACCGAAAAGAGUUAGAUAAUCUUCUUAGUUCCAUUCUACCUAGACAUUUAAAAUCAGAGCAGGAUAUUAAUAUUGUAAAUUUACCCCGUUCUAAACCAAAUUCUAACAUUCUUACAAGAAAACCUCCGAAAAUUCAUAGACAGCGGACAGUUCCAGGACCUAAUGACUCAAACGUCACCAGAGAUAACAGAAAGGCCCCGUUGGAUGAUGGGUGGUGUUUCCCUGUUGCAUCACCACCAGCCAGAAGAAACAUUUCUCCAGCACCAGCCCUGACUGCCGAACAUCGAACGUUCAAACCCGUCUUUUCUAGUGCUUCAUCAUGGCGUCGACGGGGCGACACCACACUUCUGCUCGGUAAAAUAGGUGCAGAUUUUAGUGGAGGAUCUGACAGCAAAGUCUCGACGCAAGCUUCUGACACCCGCUUGAUAUUUCCUUCCUCUGAUAACGAAACCUUAAAAUUUUCCGGUGAUCUCCAUAAAUGUCAAAAUAACAAUGUUCGAAAGAAAUCAUUGUCGGCAAAUUAUAACAGAAUGACACAUCCACGCAAACCAUUACAAAGAAAAUUGAGUAGCUAGCAUAAUGUGUGAUUCAUAAAAUCAUUUUUCUUAGGACACCUAAUACUAAUUUACUGUGAUACUAAUAGUGUAUAUGUUGCUCAAAUAACCUUUACAAAAUCUUAUGUCUUUAUGACUUUUAUUUUUUUGGAAAAAAAACCAUAAAGAAAUGCGA